AUGUCAGACUACGAGGAGGCCUUUAAUGACGGACCAGAGCACUUCGAGGAUUUCGAACAGGAGCAUUUCUCGGACGAUGGCUUCGAGCAGGAGGCGGAGUUCCAGGAUGGGGAGACCAAGGACAUCAACGGCACGACUGUGGUGACCGGUGGCACGGGGGUCGAGGACUUCCAGCAGCAGGAGCAGCAUAGACGGCGGACGCUGAAGGAGAAGGCCAUCCCCAAGGAAGAGCGCACGACAACGCCGUACAUGACGAAAUAUGAGCGCGCACGAAUCCUCGGCACGCGUGCGCUGCAGAUCUCCAUGAACGCGCCGGUGUUCGUGGACCUGGAGGGCGAGACUGACCCGAUGCGCAUUGCGAUGAAGGAGCUUGCGGAGAAGAAGAUCCCGCUGGUGAUCCGCCGCUACCUGCCCGACGGGUCGUUCGAAGACUGGUCCGUGGAGGAGCUCAUCGUGGACUUAUAG